AGGCUAUAUAAGGUAGGUGUCUUCCCCCACAGCACGCUCCGUCGCUCCGGGCCUCCGGCCCUUGCAUCGUACCUACUGUACCCUGGGGUCAGGAGCUCGUGAAAGCAAGCAGCAGGCAGGCAAGUAAGCUUGAGCUCAGAGCGGCUAUCCACGGCAGGGCAGGGCAGCGCAAGCUCCAACGCGACGCAGGCCGUCCGUCCACCUACCACCAGCAACACCAGCCCUCCCACCACCAUCUCAAUCCCCCUCCUCAUCCUCUCCUCUCACAAUCACUCCUUCCGAAAAAUGCGACCCCUCCUUCUUCGCCCGCUCCUCCGUCGCCCGCUCCAGCGCAGCUUCAGCACGCUCCCGCCGCGCCUAGCAAUAAAGCCGUUCCUGCUGGCCGACAUCGGCGAGGGCAUUCGCGAGUGCGAGGUGAUCCAGUGGUUUGUCGAGCCCGAGGCGCGCGUCGAGCAGUUCGACAAGCUGUGCGAGGUGCAGAGCGAUAAAGCGUCUGUCGAGAUUACGAGUAGGUUCGAUGGGGUGAUCAAGAAAUUGCACUAUCAGGCGGGCGAGAUGGCGAUUGUGGGGAAGCCACUGGUGGAUAUCGACCUAGCGGCGGAAGUCGCGGACGAUCCGCAAUUGGGCCCGUCGGGGGAGCCGUCCACGUCCACGCCCACGCCAUCUGAAAAUGGCGGGUUGGCGGUGGCGGCGGGGGGUGCGGGUGUGUCGGAGACCGCAGCAGCUGGAGUGGCAGCAAUGGCAGCAGCUGCAAUACGUACGCCGGCGGAGAUAGCAAGGAACGAAACCUUGGCCACACCAGCGGUCCGAAGGAUCUCGAGGGAGCUGGGCGUUGAUAUCGCUGACGUCACGGGCACGGGGAAGGAUGGGCGGGUGCUGAAGGAGGAUAUUACGAGGUUUUCGGAGGAUUCGGCGGCGGCGGCGGCGGGUGCAGAGACGGCUGCCACCACUACUCCCACCACCACCACUACGACACUGGCGGCAGCGGCGGAACAGCAGGACGAGCUCAUCCCGCUGACGCCGAUCCAGCACCAAAUGUUCAAAGUGAUGACCGCCUCACUGAGCAUCCCACACUUCCUCUACAGCGACGAAGUCGCCCUCGACGCACUCGCGCGGAUCCGCGGCACGCUCGCCAGCACACAGCGGCUAACAUACAUGCCGUUCAUCAUCAAAGCGGUUUCGGUAGCACUGUCCGAGUACCCGCUGCUCAACAGCCGCGUCUCCAUCACGGCAGGCGCAAAGCCGCAGCUCAUCCGCCGGCCCAUCCACAACAUCGGCGUGGCGAUGGACACGCCGCUGGGCCUGCUGGUGCCAAACAUCAAGGACGUGGCACGGCACAGCAUCGUGAGCAUUGCAGCGGAGCUUCUGCGCCUACAAGCUUUGGGCGCAGCGGGCAAGCUGGCGCCCGCGGACCUGGCCGGCGGAACAAUCACGGUCAGCAAUAUCGGGAACAUUGGCGGGACGGUUGUGGCACCAGUGAUCGUGCCGAGCGAGGUGGCAAUUCUGGGUAUGGGCCGCGCACGGACUGUCCCCGCGUUCGACGACGCGGGCGAGCUGGUUAAGCGCUCUGUCGUCAACUUCUCGUGGAGCGCGGAUCAUAGGGUCGUUGAUGGCGCGACUAUGGCGCGGAUGGCGGCAAGGGUUAGAGAGCUUGUGCAGGAGCCGGAGAAGCUGCUGGUGGCGCUGCGUUGAAGUGAUCAGGGAAUUGGGGGGGGGGGUUGUACGUAUUGAUUGAUUGUGUACGUAUUGAUUGAUUGUGUACGUAUUGAUUGAUUGUGUACGUAUUGAUUGAUUGUGUACGUAUUGAUUGAUUGUGUACGUAUUGAUUGAUUGUGUACGUAUUGAUUGAUUGU